GACUCCAGUGUAGCUCAGCUCACUGACUAAACACGUUGGCGCCCUGUAGUCUGAGAGCAAUCGUGUCAGACAGACAACUAGUUUUGUUCAAGACGGCUGGAACAUGUCAGAUGAUGUUCUGGUAGCUCUGGUGCUGUUAUCCCUGGCCUUGUUUGUCUCUUUCUGUCUCAAUGUCAUCUUCUGCAUGAGACGAAGCACCAAGUUGUGCAGAGAGACAGACGAGUGCUGCCUCAAACACAUUUGUACAGCAGAAAGCCCGUCACAAGAUGAAGGACAUUAUUUUCAUAACCUCAAUGAUGAUGAGCAGCAGCAAAAUCCCCACGAUCAUCACGAGCCACAGGAAAAUCCAAUCUACGGUAACAUCAGCUCAGAAAGAAGAGAUUCUGCAGACGUUUGCUAUGAGAUAAUGACCAUGCAACAGACAAGAGAUCGUAUGAAGUCUUUACAGCCUGACCUGAAUUAUGCCUCGCUGGAUCUAAAGAUGGCAAAGAAACGCAUGAAGAACAAUCGCCACCAGCAAGGCCACGCUCAGGGACGGAACAAACUUCAAGAUGAGCUGCCAGUCCAUCUCACACCCCCUGCGAAUUCUUUCUUGGAGGUGGAAGCAGACAUGGACGCUGACCUUCCAUCCAGAGACACCAGCAUCAUGGUUUCACACAGUAGCAUCUACCUGAACAGUCAACAGAUAGCUCAAGAGACCGAGGAGAUGGAAAGAGAAUGGGGCAUGAACAUGGAGAGGGAGGAUGUGGGUUGGGAGGGGAAAAGAUGGAGGGAGGAUGGGCAAAGUACAAAGUGGAAAGGAGAGCAAGGAAGUGAGGAAAGAAAAAAUAGACAAGACCGUAAUGGGAGCGUAUGCACACAGCUUACAGAGGUAGAGGCUAUUCAGAGUGACGCGGAUCGUUUCAUCAGCAGCUUUAGCCAUGAUAGUGACCAGUAGCAUUAGACAGACAUCAUAUUAAGAUGUUCAGAAUUGAAUAAGAAACCUGAAAAAAGCAAAAGUGACUGUCCAUUACUGUGUCUGUAAGGACGAAAACUAUGUCACCUUCAAUAUUCAGCGAGCUUUGCGCAAUUUCAUUUCCACUCCCCCCACUGAGCAUCUAAGGAACAAAAGGUGUACCUUUCUUUGCAGAGGAAGCAAUCAAUGUAGAGGAUAUACUGAGAAAAAAGGAAACUGGCUGACAUUUAGAGGUCAAGGGCCACAUGGAAAUAUUCUAUUUAUUGCGAAAGGCAAUGAAAACAUCACAUGACACGACAGAUCUUUUAUUGUUUUGAUGUCUCAUAAUCAUACAUCAACAGAUGUCUCGGAAAGGUGUGAAGGGAAAAAAAGAAUCAUACAUUUGUUUUCCAUGCUGUAGGCAUUAGCCAAGCUUUGAAAUGUUCUUGAAUAAAUGUUGCCUAAACGUA